GGCAAUCACAUUCCCCCUUCCUCCUCCACCUCCAUCCCGCUCGCAGCUCGAACCAAGGAGAGGUCGUCAGCCAUGUCCGGGCGCGGCAAGGGAGGCAAGGGUCUCGGCAAGGGCGGCGCCAAGCGCCACAGGAAGGUGCUGCGCGACAACAUCCAGGGCAUCACCAAGCCGGCCAUCCGUCGCCUGGCGAGGAGGGGCGGCGUGAAGCGUAUCUCCGGCCUCAUCUACGAGGAGACCCGCGGCGUCCUCAAGAUCUUCCUCGAGAACGUCAUCCGCGACGCCGUCACCUACACCGAGCACGCCCGCCGCAAGACCGUCACCGCCAUGGACGUCGUCUACGCCCUCAAGCGCCAGGGCCGCACCCUCUACGGCUUCGGCGGCUAGGCUCUUCCUCGCCCCCCCUGCAGAUUCCGGUGUGUUUACCUGCCUGUGCGCGGAGUCCAUCUGUCGAAAAAUCUUAGAUGAACCGAAAUCCCCAUGUUUAUUGCCACUGUUUCUGUUUCAUUAGUAGGUUCAUACUGUAUCCUGAGACGAAACUUUCACAUCUGGAGUUAAACUUGUUUCUGAGCAAA